AUGAGUGAUGAUCCAGCUCUUGUAAAACGCAAAAAAGUCGCCCGGGCAUGCGUUUACUGCAGACGAUCGCAUAUGAUAUGCGAUGAGCAAAGACCAUGCACUCGAUGCAUUCGAAGAAACAUCGCACAUCUGUGCUGCGACGAGCUACCGCGUGGCGUGGCUGAGGAAGAACUAGAGCUCGAGAAAAUCAGUAAUCGGCCUUCAAAUCCCAGUGGUAACAGCUCCGUUGGUGCCGUAGGUGGAAUCUUGGCUAGACAGCCAACGUUUGCAUCUGAACACGUAGGAUCGGAGUUUUCAUCGCUCAGUGAGUUUCUCCACAUGCUCGAGGAGCCACUGUCAUUGGAUGCAGAUUCUUCAAGCGCCUGGCCUCAAAUUGAGCGGCCAUCUAAAGAACCCGUGCAGGAACAAUCAGCGUCGUCUGACCAGCCUACGCUGAAGGAAAACUUCUUUUUCACUGCAGCAGACCCUUCUCAAGAAAUGACGCCGGAAGAUAGACUCAAAUCGGUGAUCAAUGCCAAGUUGCAGGCGGGUCUUUUGCGUCCAUAUAACUAUGCGCGAGGCUACGCUCGUUUGCAGACGUACAUGGAUAAGCAUAUGAAUCCAACCUGCAAGCAACGUAUCUUGAAACCAUUAUCGAUAAUCAGACCCGAAUUUAGGGCAAUUGCGCGAUCUCUGAAAGACGUGGACCUGAUCCUGGUGGAGGAAAGCUUCGAGCGGAUGCUGCUUUCAUAUGAUCGAGUCUUCACAUCUAUGAGUAUGCCAGCGUGUUUAUGGAGAAGGACCGGUGAGAUUUAUCGCGGUAACAAGGAGUUUGCGUCGCUGGUAGGGUGCAAAGUGGAUGAUUUGCGUGAUGGGAAACUGGCGAUAUACGAGGUUAUGACAGAGGACAGUACUGUUUCGUUUUGGGAAAAAUACGGAUCCAUAGCAUUUGACAAGAAUCAAAAGGCUAUUUUGACGCAUUGUGACUUAUGCAAACCGGGUCAUUUAGAAGCUCCCACGCCGUGUUGUUUUAGUUUCACGAUCCGAAGAGAUCGCUACAAUAUUCCUGUAUGCAUAGUGGGCAAUUUUAUCCCACGGUGA